AAAACCAUGAACUCCAAAAAAAAAAAAAAAAAAAAAAAAACUUACAAAGUAGAAAUGAGAGCACCUUUCAACCAUGAGGUUGGAGGUUCAAUCCCUCGUGCGAGUGUUGCUUUGUAAGUUGGUACAAUGGUACAUCAUUUGAGUCCAUGAUUGCCCAAAAUUAUUCUAGGGUUGUCCAACACAAAGUGGGCUCGUAACACCUAACAAGCACAUAAUCACAUCUCUUUUUCGUUGUUCCCUCUCAAACUCAAAACGACACCUCUCCCUUUCCUCCACUCCAAGAAAUUGGCAAAACCAAAAAUCUCCUCCAAAAAAAAAAAAAAAAAAAAAAAAUCACAGUAGUAACACAUCACACCUUCCUCUCUGAAAAAUUCCCAAUCUCUCUCCUCUUUCUUCUUCUUCCUGUAAAAUUUUGAAAAACCCCUCUUUCUCUCUCUAGGGUUUGUUUCCAUUUCUAUCGAUCGAUUUCUCUCACUUUCUCUCUCCUCACCUCCAAUGUCAUCAAUGGCGGACGAUUCAAUCCCGCCGCCAUCGCCACCACCGUCUACGGCGGCGUCGUUAGGGCAGUCGGUGAUUCCGAUUGUGAACAAGCUUCAAGAUAUUGCGGCACAGCUUGGAAGUAGUCCUGCGUUUGACUUGCCGCAAGUCGCCGUCGUCGGAAGCCAAAGUAGUGGUAAAUCGAGCGUUCUAGAAGCGCUUGUUGGCCGCGAUUUCUUGCCGCGAGGUUGCGAUAUUUGUACUCGUCGUCCGCUUGUGCUUCAGCUCUUGCAGACUAAGAGGAGUGAUGAGGAGUGGGGAGAGUUCUUGCAUCUUCCUGGAAAACGUUUUUAUGAUUUCAAUGAUAUUCGGAGGGAAAUUCAGGCUGAAACUGACAGAGAGGCUGGAGAAAACAAAGGUGUUGUUGACAAGCAGAUUCGUCUGAAAAUAUUUUCACCUACUGUUCUUGAUAUUACUUUAGUAGAUCUCCCCGGGAUAACAAAAGUUCCAGUUGGUGAUCAGCCAUCUGACAUUGAAGGACGAAUUAGAACCAUGAUAAUGUCCUACAUCAAAAUCCCUAGCUGCUUAAUAUUAGCGGUUACCCCUGCUAACUCUGAUCUAGCAAAUUCAGAUGCCUUACAGAUGGCUGGAAUUGCAGAUCCUGAUGGAUAUCGAACAAUUGGUGUAAUCACUAAGCUAGACAUUAUGGACAGAGGCACAGAUGCUCGCAAUUUUCUGCUUGGAAAAGUUAUACCACUACGACUUGGUUAUGUGGGCGUUGUGAAUCGUAGUCAAGAGGACAUCGCGAAUAAUAGAAGCAUAAAAGAUGCCCUCGUGGCUGAGGAGAAGUUUUUCCGUAGCCGUCCAGUGUACAAUGAUAUUGCAGAUCAUUGCGGCGUUCCACAACUAGCCAAAAAGUUGAACCAGAUUCUAGUACGACACAUCAAAUCAGUUCUUCCUGGUCUGAAAGCGAAUAUUAGUGCUCAACUUGUAUCUGUUGCCAAGGAGCAUGCCAGCUAUGGAGAAAUUGUUGAAUCUAAGGCUGGUCAGGGCUCUCUCAUCUUGAACAUUCUGUCUAAGUACUCAGAAGCUUUUGCUUCUAUGAUAGAAGGGAAGAAUGAAGAAAUGUCAACAUCUGAGUUGUCUGGUGGUGCCAGAAUUCAUUACAUAUUUCAAUCAAUAUUUGUUAAGAGUUUAGAGGAGGUGGAUCCAUGUGAGGAUUUAAGUGACGAUGACAUCCGAACAGCUAUUCAGAAUGCAACUGGUCCUAAAUCUGCAUUAUUUGUUCCAGAAGUACCAUUUGAAGUUCUUAUCAGAAAACAAAUUGCUCGUUUAUUAGAUCCAAGUCACCAAUGUGCGAGGUUCAUAUAUGACGAAUUGAUAAAGAUGAGCCAUCGCUGUCUGAAUAGUGAAUUGCAGCGCUUUCCUUUACUUAGGAAGCGAAUGGAUGAAGUCAUUAAUAGCUUCCUGAGAGAAGGCCUCCAACCUGCUGAGGCAAUGAUUGGGCAUAUUAUAGAAAUGGAGAUGGACUACAUAAAUACUUCACAUCCUAAUUUUCUUGGUGGAGCCAAAGCUGUUGAGGUUGCUUCUCAACAUAUCAAGUCCUCGAGAACUUCAGUAUCUAUCCCAAAGCUAAAGGAUGGUGGGGAUACAGAUAAAGCACCUGCAUCUGAAAGGACCAUCAAAACACGAGCUAUUCUUCCCCGAAAUGCAAAUGGAAUCAUGACAGAACAGAGCAUUCGGUCUGUAGUUGACAGUGAAAAGCCUGCUCAUUCUGGAGGUGCAACUAACUCUAGUUGGGGGAUUUCAUCAAUUUUUGGUGCUACUGACAACCGCAUGUCUUCUAAAGAAACCAACAUUAACAAGUCAAGUGAGCCUGUUCAUAUCAUGGACCAUGCCUUUUCGAUGAUACAUUUGAAGGAACCACCAGCAAUACUAAGGCCUGCAGAGACUUGUACAGAGAAUGAAGCAAUUGAAAUUGCUGUCACCAAAUUGUUGUUGAAGUCAUAUUAUGACAUUGUCAGGAAGAAUGUGGAAGACUCUGUGCCUAAGGCGAUCAUGCACUUCCUGGUAAACCAUACAAAGCGAGAGCUUCACAACGUGUUUAUUAAAAAGCUCUAUAGGGAGAAUCUUUUUGAGGAGAUGUUGCAAGAACCUGAUGAGGUUGCAACAAAAAGGAGGCAAACUCGAGAGAAAUUACGCAUUCUCAACCAGGCUUUCCGGGUACUUGAUGAAUUGCCGCUAGAGGCAGAUACAGUUGAGAAGGGAUACAGUUUGGGUACUGAUGCUACUGGUUUGCCAAAGUUUAAUGGGCUCCCGUCAUCUGCGUACUCAAACAGCAGUCAUUCAAGUGAUUCCUAUUCAGCCUCUCCUAAAACCCACAAGUCAAAAAAAUCAUCCCACUCAGGCGAACUACAGUCACCAUUUUAUGGUAAUACUGAUUCUAAUGGUGGUGGUGGUGGACGUAAUUCUCUACCUGGUUUGUAUCCAACUGUCCAUAUGUAGUUAUAUGGUCAGUCUGCUCAAUCAUACCAAUUUCAUUCAUUUCUAUUGGUCUGUCCAGUAUAAUUGAAUCUUCGGUGAAAGAAGCCUUUGCACUGUUUGUCAAGAUUCAUUUCAGUGAUAUUAAAAGUUGCAUAAGUCUUGAGGUGGUAAAAUGAAAUCCGCUGGUUCGUGUAACAUAUAUCUUAUUUUUACUUUUGGCCUAUCAGUCAAACGUUUUUUUGGUGCAUUUAAUUUUCCGUCAGUAUAAUACUUGUCUUAGCUAGUACGCCUGAAGUCGAUUAGGUAUAGUAGAGGGAAUGUUUUACCUCUAUUCAGUUUUGCAAUACAAAUAAUAUUGGUUUGUUUGCCAUUGAAAGAAGAUGGGAAGUAUUGAUAUAUUGUAUAUUCGGAAGUCCUGUAACUGAACAUAUACUAUUGCAUUGAAACUAUUACACUUUAUGGUCUUUACGAUCCGCUUAUAA